AAACGAUACAGUGCUCAUUAACCUUCAAUUCACCUAUAUAUAUCUCAAUCGAGUGCUUGUGGUCACAUACAUGUCAGAGUCCGAAUAAAAUAUUAGAUCACAGCUCUCGUAAUGCAUUCGUGGAGAUUCCCUCUACCAUCUCUCGCAAUAUAAAAAGCAGCAUCGUCCUCUUCCUCCUUGUCCUCUCGUCCUUGUUGAUCCUCCAUGGCCUCAAGCUCAAACCCAGGCGCCACGGGGACUGACGCCCCCUCCAUUUCCAUCACCGUGGAGAGGAACCCUCCUCAGUCACGCCUGGUGGAACUUGGCAUCAAGUCAUGGCCCAAGUGGGGUUGCCCUCCGGGGAGGUUCCCUCUAAAGUUUGAUGCAGAAGAGAUGUGCUAUUUGGUGAAGGGGAAGGUGACGGCUUACAUCAAGGGUUCCUCCGAGUCCGUGGAGUUCGGCGCUGGUGACCUUGUGAUCUUCCCCAAGGGACUUAGUUGCACCUGGGAUGUCUCAGCACCGGUCGAUAAGUACUACAAGUUUGCUUCGUCCUCCUCUUAACGCUCCUCCCGUUUGGUCCACCUUAGAGCUUUUCGUGUCCUUCUGAGACAUCAUUGUAGCUUCCUCUUCUGAUGAUCUAUAGGUUUAUAGCUGAUAUAUUGGCGCUUAUGAAGCGCUUAGGGUUGCGAUUCCAGUCAAACACCUGUUAUCAGUCAAUGCAGGUCGCGUUCCAAGAAAUCUUAUUUAUUCCCAUGACUGGGCCUUAAAUGCUCUUUUGACAACGACCACCCACCACCACAGCCCUCUCAGCCUUCUGUGCCAUGCAAUCUAUUAUAUGAAUGAUGGGUUUAUUUUCUCUUGCGUUCAUGUGUUCUUGUAUACAUGUUCAUGUUUUCUUCUGCUCGGUGAGACAGGGUAGUUGUCAAAUGGAAUCCAAUGCGGGGAAGUAAAGAUAGAUCCAAGGAGAAUAUACCGAAUUCCUAGGGUUUAUAGCUCGGUAUGAAGGUCGGAGAUGAUGGAGAUGUUUACAUCGAUGUUGUGGCUUGGCACUGGGUCAUGCAUCAUGCAUGGCUCAAUUUGUUUGUAGUGUUCUCCUGGAUGGAUGCCUGAAUUGA